AUAGAUAAAGACGAGGAAGUCAGUUCCAACUCUAACCAAAUAAUUGUUGUAACAUUUUCUUAAUCUAAUUAAUGUACUCGUCUUUAUCUAUGUAUAUGUAAAGCAAACCAAAAAUUGGAAAGUAUAGUCGAGUGCCUAAAGAAUGGGCAAAAAAGUCAAAUACCGAGACGUGGUUAAACGAGAGGGUCCCAAACAGGCGCUCAGAAAAGGCAACAAAUCACGUAAAGGCCCGCAUGGCCCCCAAAGGAAACGUGGCUUCAAGGCAAAGCCCAAUUUUGCCCAAGAAAGCUCCCCGGCAGCGAAGAAACCGAAGCCAAAUGAAGAUAAACUCGUUGACUGUGCCGAUAGUGACGAGGAGGAGAAGGACUCUUUUGUAGACUAUAUGAAGCUUCUCAGAGAGUCUUUCGGAGACAGACUAAGCAAAGUGAGCAACGAAGCCAUCAGUAGUGAGAGCAGCAGUGAGAGUGAAGAAGAACAACACGUUGCUGAAGAAGAGAGCAACGUAGAUUUGGCCGGUGGCAGUAAUUCAGAUGAAGACGAAAUAACUCACUUCAAUGAUGUGGAAUCUGAAGAAGAGGCCGCACAGGAAGAUGAAAUGGAAGAAUCGGAAGAUCCGUUCAACAAGCACGUCUGCCAUGAGCUGCACCCCAGUCUGCUGGAAGCCCUGCAGGAAUCAGAGGCAGGCUUAUGGGAACAGCACUCGAAAUCGUGGAUGAGACUAGGCGAUUUAGUCGUGCUCAUCCCCAAAUGCUACCUUAAGGAAACAGAAAAGCGCACCUUAUUGGACACCACUGUCUACGCAACCCCCAGCCCCAUUCCCAAGAGACUGGAUGGCAGCAGUACAACCCAACAGCUCUACAUUAAGGCUCAGAUAGCCCCGAACCUGGUUCAAGCCAACAAGGGCCUGAUCGGCCAAAACAGUCUUUUUACGCCUCUGCAACAGGAGCUGUUCUCCAUAGUGAAUAACUACCAGGACUUGUACUAUCCAGAGCGAACGUUCGACAAUGCUGAACAAAUUCGCUUCGUUUAUUGCCUGCAUGCGGUCAAUCACGUGCUAAAGACCCGAACCAAAGUGUUGCAUCACAACUCCAAGCUGGCUAAAAAGGAGGAUGUUCCAGAGGAGUUCCGAGAUCAAGGUCUGGUUAGACCGAAGGUUUUGAUUGUGGCCCCGUUCAAAGACUCCGCGCACAAGAUAGUUAACACUAUCAUCAAUAUAAUGUUUACAGAGGAUAAAGGGAAUGUGAUCAAGAAGAAACGGUUUGUGGAGGAUUACACUGGAGGUGAGCUGUACAUGCCGAAGAAAAACCCCAAGCCUGAGGACUACGAGCGGAUUUUUACCGGAAACUCCAGCGAUGACUUCAGGAUUGGAAUCACUUUUACUAAGAAAAGCCUAAAGCUUUAUUCGGAUUUUUACUCGUCAGACAUCAUAGUGGCGUCCCCACUGGGCUUAAGGACGAUAAUCGGGGCCCAAGGCGAGCCUGAAAGAGACUUUGACUUCUUGACGUCCAUAGAACUGCUCGUUCUAGAUCAAACGGACGUUUUCUUCAUGCAGAAUUGGUUCCAUGUGUCGCACAUCUUCGACCAUCUGCACCUGCAGCCCAAGGCACUGCACGGCACUGAUAUAUCGCGAGUCAGACUCUGGUGCUUGAAUCUGUGGGCCAAAUUCUAUCGACAAACUCUGAUAUUCAGCGCUAUCAGGCUGCCGCAUAUUGACGCACUUUUCAGCAAUAAAUGCUUGAAUUUCGCGGGUAAAGUUCAAGUGGCCAAUAAGACCGAAGAAGGGCAUAUCAAUCAGGUGUAUGUGCCUUUGCAGCAUGUUUUCCGCAAGUUUAAUGCCAGCACGGCGGUUGAAAUGAUUGAAAGGCGGUUUGAGUUCUUCAUACGCAGCGUUUUGCCGCGGCAGAAGGACAACGCAAUGAAGCAGACGCUGAUUUUCAUUCCCAGCUACUACGACUAUGUGAGGAUCAGGAACUACUUCAAGAAGGAGGAUCUGAGCUUUGUGCAGAUAUGCGAGUACUCAAAGGACGCAAAAGUGGCCAGAGCUCGGGACAUGUUCUUUCACGGAGACGCGCACUUUCUGCUGUACACCGAACGCUACCACUUUUACCACAGGAUACGAGUGAAAGGUAUCCGGCACUUGGUGUUUUACCAGGCUCCCACUUACCCGCACUUCUACUCGGAAAUGUGCAACUUGAUGCAGGAAAGUAACAUGAACAAGAAGGUGGGCAGUAUGGAUCAGAUGUCCGUCACUGUGAUCUACAGCCGGUUUGAUCUACAUCAGGUGGCUGCGAUUGUGGGCUCAGAAAGAGCGGCGCGAUUGCUCAGCUCGGAGCGGGAUGAACACAUGCUGCUCACUGAGGAUAAUUGAAUGAAUUAAAAUUCCUUUGAACACAUAA